GCCAACACCUUUUUAUUAACAUCUUUUAAGACUAGGUCAGGACGAAAUUCCACUAUCUUAUUAUCUUAUUCGUUAGUGCCAACUUGUGUGUGUGAUGCGAUUGUCAUAGUCGGGAUCAACCCUCAUAACAUCCACGCCUAUGUCGGUAGAGUCGUCUUCAACCAAUCGGUGGCCAUAAAAGCAGGGUGACCUGCAGAGGCGCAGGGGGAUAGGUGCAGCGGGGUUAGUGAUGUUGUGGGAAUUUGCGAAUCUUACGGCCAAUCAGCUCAACAGCCCAACUCAUCGGCGCUUAAGUCCCUGUCUCUGUGAUAUCCCCCAUCCAACCAGAACGGGAAGAACGGGAUAGACCACUGCCUUUUGCAAAUAUGAAAAUGGCAAUCUACCACCCUCACUGGGCGCUUUCGCUUGGGGCCAUCAUGCAUGGGGCCAAGUAACUAGCGGGGGGCCGACGAGUCAGAGGCCAGUUCACACCCAAAGCGCCUGUAUCCUCAUGGUGGCAUCGCGGAUUCCGGCCCACCUCGACACACUGCCGAACAUCACCAGCCGCUAUAUACCCUUUGUCCUCCCGACUCUGCGUCUGACCUUGUAGGAUUUCCAUCAGAAUGUGUUUCGACUUGAUCCGCUUCAGGAGGCUCUAACUAAAGGAGUCGGGAUAUAGUAUUUUUGAUGAAGAUCUGGGUCACACACAAUGCAAUUGGCGCUUUAUAGCAAGCCCUUCUCCUCGCUUCAGUUUGUGCUAAUUUUGCUUUCUUCAACUUUCACUCCUUUCUGUUCUGCUUCUGUAAUACAAGAUCUCCAAAGCAACUACUUUGACCCGGCAUCAUCCCCUGAAGACGGUCCACCGCUCUCCGCUGGAGCCCUCCGCAAUACAGCCUUCCUCCCCGCCCAAGUUGGUGGUAUAGUGGGAUCUUACGCCCUUUCGCUCGUUGUAGUUGCUGCCGUUCUCCUCAUCUUAGCAAAGAAACGCCGCGAACAUCUCACAGCAGGAGACGAAGACCUAGAAGGCCCGUUUCCAUAUCAAUUCGCUUUCCCGCCUCCCGUACUCGCAGGUGCUCCAAACCAGAAUCCUCAAUACGGCCUUGAUCCACCUAAAUCACCUAUCAAAAACUUCUCGUAUCCGACACCUCCAACACCUUUAAGUGCGACCGGGCCAACAAGUCCGACAAGCCCUUACAUUGUUCCGUCCCUUCAUUCCACUAGUACUCUUGGUGUCAAUCCCUUGGUAGACCCGAGAGUCGUUGCAGCUGAUCGCGAGAUGGCGCAACAACAAUUGGAAGAGAUGUACAAGCUCGUACUAGAGCAAGAGGCUGCGAAGGAGGCAGGUGUCACUUUAGAUCAACCACCCGUACCAAUAUCGCAACAACCUCAAAAACAAAGCAUAUUGAAGAGGAACAAAAACAAGCCUGCAAAUCUCGAUCUCGCAGAGAAACCUCAAUCCCGAGCGUCUUCUAUAUUGUCCGCUUUCAAAUCCCCUCGAAAGAAGAAUGUCAAGGGCAUUAGUAUUUCGUCUCCGAUUAUGACACCCAUGUCAGCUGGGUUCCCACGCCAUGACGAGGAGGAAAUGAGCGCAAUGACCCCUCGUCACUACAAACCCCCGCCUCCGAUUCCGACAGACCAGGCACCAUAUUCAAGACCUAGCAGGCAGCAUGGAUCAAACGGAUCUGUAGCUCCGAUCACUCCGCCUGACAUUUCACCAGAAAGCACACAGAGCAUUGAUGAACGGUUGGGUAAUAUGCGCGGCAGUUCGCAGUACACGGAACCCGACCCCGUCUCGGCCGUUUCAGAAAGGUCCACUGCUCCCCUUGUCGGCCUACCAUCAUCGCCAAAGCCGGGUGUGAACCGCUUCCCUUCUUUACCGUCGUCCCCGAAGCCAGGUGCUACAUUCCCAACUUCACCCAGGGAACAAUCAUUCUCACGGCCAAACGCGCCAUCGGCAGUUCGAACUGGUGGUGCUCUUCCGUUACGAGCUUAUGAGCCCGCUCUUAGCUCGCCAUCGGCACAGACAACUAAGCAAACUACUUUUGAAAGAACAAUGCCUUUGUCGCCUUCCGGACUUCGGACACCCUGGACAGGUGCUCCAGUGCCUUACUCACCGUACCAGCCAUUCUCACCUGUGGUUCCUAUCACGCCUUCGUUGGUAACUAAGGCGGACCGAAAGAGGAUGAAGCAAUUACAACCCAAAACACCAACGAUGGAAAUGGUUAAGGGUAAUGAUGAAGUAUGGUAAACGUGUUGUUUCUUAUGGGUGUAACGAGGAAAGAAUUCUCAAUGGGCUGGCUCAUGAACAGUACGAAUCUGUUAUGCUGGCGUCUUACACGGGUUUCAUGUGUUUUCAAAAUCCGAUGACGAAUUGACGUAAAGAGAAAUAUUCUUUGGCUUCAGGUCUUAACGCUUCUUUGGCUUGUUUAUAAUUCUAUUUAUACCACUUUUAAAAACUUCUUGGAGGAGUUAAUUUACAUUGGAAUGUCUUCAGUUCCAUAUUUCAACUAAUGAUCAACCCCUUAACUAUUUGGUAUC